AUGAAGAAAAUGUUCCCUAAUUUAUUACUGAAUGCUUGUGAAAGACUUAAUAUUCGUAAUAUCAGCGGCGUGCCAGAGUCAACGGAGGAGACCAUGCGGGCGCGCGCCACGACGCGGGCAGGGCUCCUGGCGGCGGCCGCCGUGCUGCUGCUGCUGGCCGGCGCGGCGCUGGGCGCCGAGCAGCGCCCGCCCAUGCUCGUGGGCGCGCCCGCCCCCGUGGCGCACAACGACGAGGGGCUGCAGCGCGCGCUGCGCUUCGCCAUGGCGCAGUACAACCGGGAGAGCAACGACAAGUACUCGAGCCGCGUGGCGCGGAUCAUCAGCGCCAAGAGGCAGAUCGUGGCUGGAAUCAGGUAUAUCAUCGAAGUUGAGAUUGGCCGGACAAACUGCCCAAAGUCAGUACCUCACCUCCAGGAUUGUGCUUUCCAUGAGGCACCAGGAAUGGCCAAGCGUUCCACUUGCAACUUUGUAGUGUACGCUGUUCCUUGGCUAAACCAAACUAAACUGCUGAAAAGCACCUGCCAGUAAGUCUCAUUGGUUCCAGCAGAGACCAGCAACUUAUUACUCAGAUUUUAAAAAAGAAAGCAAUAACCUGAAYUGAGAUGGGCUGUGUCUGUCCCUGUUAACUCAAACACUUACGUAUGCUUGUGCUAUGCAAGUUAAACUAUGUAACCUUCCUUUAAAGCACAGUAUGAUUUCUACUUUGUUUUCCUUGUUUUCCUUUAUAAUAAUGUUUUGGAGCAGUUGUUUCCAGGCUUGUAUUCUCCAAACUUUCCCAAUAAAACAACUCCCACAUCUGAAU